AUGGCUCAAAACGAACCGAUUUCCGCCAUCAGCUCAUCUGUUUCCGUAUCAUCACAGUCAUCUGAAAAGGAGCAGAUCGUGGGACUAAAGGAUUAUGGGCUCGCUGCGGCUGACCGUGACAGAGAAGUGGCCGAUAACGGGAAACGCGCAAUACUGGCUGAUUUUGAUGCAGGAUUACAACCGCAUGAGAUUGAGGAGAAGUAUGGAAUAAACAAGUUGCAGGUUGUUUUUUGCUCUUGCUCGAGAUCAGUGGACAAUGCUACGUAUUAUGGUUCUCAGGAAAAAUGA